CCACAUGGUGCAGAAUCUUUCCACCCCUACUCUCCAAAACCCCAAUCAGACAAGUGCCUGUAAUCUGAUUCCCAGUGCACUGGAGCCUGGGGGCAGGCAAUGAGAGGCGCACUCUGGCCAGGGACGGCAUGAGUGGCAGAGCUGCGGCAAGGCGGUGGGGUAAGUGUGGGCACCCGUGCAGUAGAGAGAGCAUCAUGGUGGCUUUCAAAGGGGUCUGGACUCAAGCUUUCUGGAAGGCAGUCACUGCAGAAUUUCUGGCCAUGCUUAUCUUCGUUUUGCUCAGCCUUGGGUCCACCAUCAACUGGGGUGGCUCGGAAAACCCCUUACCUGUGGAUAUGGUCCUCAUCUCCCUUUGCUUUGGACUCAGCAUCGCUACCAUGGUGCAGUGCUUUGGCCACAUCAGCGGUGGCCACAUCAACCCCGCUGUGACAGUGGCCAUGGUGUGCACGCGAAAGAUCAGCAUUGCCAAGUCAGUCUUCUACAUCGCUGCACAGUGCCUGGGGGCCAUCAUCGGAGCCGGGAUCCUCUACCUGGUCACACCUCCCAGCGUGGUGGGAGGUCUGGGAGUCACCACGGUUCACGGAAACCUUACCGCUGGCCAUGGGUUGCUGGUGGAGUUGAUAAUCACAUUCCAGUUGGUCUUCACUAUUUUUGCCAGCUGUGAUUCCAAACGGACUGAUGUUACUGGUUCAAUAGCUUUAGCAAUUGGAUUUUCCGUGGCAAUUGGACAUUUGUUUGCAAUCAAUUAUACUGGAGCCAGCAUGAAUCCGGCACGAUCCUUUGGACCUGCAGUUAUCAUGGGAAACUGGGAAAACCACUGGAUAUAUUGGGUUGGACCCAUCAUAGGAGCUGUGCUCGCGGGCGCCCUUUAUGAGUACGUCUUCUGUCCCGACGUGGAGCUCAAACGCCGCCUGAAGGAAGCCUUCAGCAAGGCUGCACAGCAGACGAAAGGGAGCUACAUGGAGGUGGAGGACAACAGGAGCCAAGUGGAGACGGAAGACUUGAUCUUGAAACCCGGCGUGGUGCACGUGAUCGACAUUGACCGUGGCGAAGAAAAGAAGGGGAAAGACCCGUCUGGAGAGGUCUUGUCCUCGGUAUGACUAGAGGAGAGCACUGAAAGCAGAAGGGACUCCCUAGACCUGGCCUCGGAUUUCCUGCCGCCCAUUAAGGAAACAGAUUUGUUAUAAUUAGACAGCUGUGGGUUUCUUGUUUCAUGUCUCAUUACUCGGGUUAAACAACACAUAUUUUACUAUUAUUGAUGGGGAGCGGGGAGGAGAAGACGCCUAUAAUGAA